AUGCGAGCAGUCAAACGUGACUGCGUAUCCUUUUUACAAGAAUUUGGAAUUGAUUGGCCUGAACCACUGAAUUGUAGCCGUUUUCCAGAAGCUCCAGAUCUAUGUAUGAAACCGACUAACGACCACAACAGCUACCUUGGUCCAGAACAGUUUGAAAGAGAUCAUCGAGAACAAGUCCCAAGUUUGGAUGGUCGAAUAUUCUCCAAAACCAUGCUCUCUUGUCCACAUGAUCUUGUGAACUUAGACCCAACAGAUCGACGUGGUUUAUGCAUGUUUCCAUGUAAUCGUGAAGGAAUGUUCGAUGGAUCAAAAAAAGAAUUUGCUCGUUUUUGGAUACUUUUGUGGGCUUCUGUCAAUUUUGGAGUUACACUUUUCACCGUCUUUACGUUUUUAAUUGAUCGUCAACGCUUUCGUUUCCCUGAAAGGUCAAUAUUUUAUCUUUCGGCCUGUUACCUUGUGUUUUCGUUACCGCCGUUAAGUCGCACGAUUUUUUCAUACGAGCGAACUGCUUGCGACAAGUUGCCAACUGGACAAGCAUUUCUUAUUGUUGGUACUUUGGACAAUACUCCUUGUGUCAUUUCAUUCAUACUCACUUAUUACUUUUCCAUAGCUAGCAGUCUGUGGUGGCUUAUGCUUACUUUUACAUGGUAUCUUUCAGCUGCUCGCAAAUGGGUUCCAGAAGGAAUUGACGCAUGGAGCAGUUACCUUCACCUUGUCGCGUGGAUUCUUCCAGCAAUUUUAACUAUCGCUGCACUUACCACUCACAAAGUAACUAUUUUCUUGAAAAUUUUCAAAUAUAAGAUUGAUGCGAAUGAGUUGACAGGUUUGUGUUCAGUGGGUAACUCUGACCCUUGGGCUUUGGUUGGUUUUAUAAUUGUACCUAAGAUUAUUUUCGUUGUCGUUGGAAGUUGUCUUAUACUUGCCGGUUUCUCAAGUAUGUGCCGAGAACGAGAUUCUUUCAGAAGACGAGGAACCGAUACAUCAAAAUUGGAAAAGUUAAUGGUAAAAAUGAGUAUCUUCAGUGCACUAUACAUAAUCCCUUCUGUGACAAUAAUUAUUUGUGAUUGCUACCACAUGCUAAUUCUGAUGCAGUGGCAUCCAGCUACUAUUGCUUGCAAAUUACAUGGUGGAAUUGAACGAGGUUACUGUAAAAGGCCUUUGUUACCACAGGUCGAAUUAUAUUUUUUGAGUAUAUUCAUGUCAUUGGCAGUAGGCAUUUCAACAGGAAUGUGGACAAUAUCAUCGAAGACAUUCCAUUCUUGGCAGCGAACAAUAUGCUGUGGUUUGUGCUCUGCAGCACCAGCUAAACUCGGUUCAGCAGGUCGAAUGAACAAUGCUACCACUUUAGCUGUAACUUCAGGAGCGGUUAAUCGACCUCUCAUUCCUACCGCUAAUCCACCACCUGCUCCACCUCCCCAUCAUCAUUACAUGCCUAUAACUCUUUCUUCAAUACCAACAGGUCAUAUGACCUCUCGACCACAAAAUACACUACCCAAUGCAUGGAAACAAUCAAAAAUUGUUUAA